AUGAAGCUAAAGCAGCGAGUCGUGCUGUUAGCAAUUCUUCUUGUCAUCUUUAUCUUCACCAAAGUUUUCCUGAUUGACAACUUAGACACAUCAGCAGCAAACCGAGAGGACCAGAGGGCUUUUCACAGAAUGAUGGCUGGCUUGCGGGUAGAGCUGGUGCCCAAGCUGGACCACACCUUGCAGUCUCCCUGGGAGAUUGCAGCCCAGUGGGUGGUUCCACGGGAAGUGUACCCAGAAGAGACACCAGAGCUGGGGGCGAUCAUGCAUGCCAUGGCCACCAAGAAGAUCAUUAAAGCUGAUGUGGGUUAUAAAGGGACACAACUGAAAGCCUUACUGAUACUUGAAGGAGGACAGAAAGUCGUCUUCAAACCUAAGCGGUAUAACCGAGACUAUGUGGUAGAAGGGGAGCCGUAUGCUGGCUAUGAUAGACACAAUGCAGAGGUAGCAGCCUUUCAUUUGGACAGGAUCCUGGGUUUCCGCCGAGCGCCCUUAGUGGUUGGCAGAUUUGUUAAUCUGCGGACAGAGAUCAAGCCUGUUGCCACGGAGCAGCUGUUGAGCACCUUCCUAACCGUAGGAAAUAAUACUUGUUUCUACGGGAAGUGUUACUACUGCCGAGAAACGGAGCCAGCUUGUGCCGACGGAGACACAAUGGAGGGGUCUGUCACGCUGUGGCUUCCGGAUGUGUGGCCUCUGCAGAAACACCGACACCCGUGGGGCAGGACUUACCGAGAGGGCAAGCUGGCCAGGUGGGAGUACGACGAGAGCUACUGCGACGCCGUGAAGAAAACGUCCCCUUACGACUCCGGCCCGCGCCUCCUGGACAUCAUCGACACCGCAGUCUUCGAUUACCUGAUCGGCAACGCUGACCGGCAUCACUAUGAGAGCUUUCAAGACGACGAAGGCGCUAGCAUGCUCAUCCUUCUCGAUAAUGCCAAAAGCUUUGGGAACCCAUCACUGGAUGAGAGAAGCAUUCUUGCCCCCCUCUAUCAGUGUUGCAUCAUUCGGGUUUCUACCUGGAACAGACUGAACUACCUAAAGAAUGGUGUGCUGAAGUCUGCCUUAAAAUCCGCCAUGGCCCAUGACCCCAUCUCCCCCGUGCUGUCUGAGCCUCACCUGGAUGCCGUGGACCAGCGGCUCCUGAGCGUCCUGGCCACCGUGAAGCAGUGCACUGACCAGUUUGGGGCGGACGCUGUGCUGGUGGAAGACAGGAUGCCUCUUUCCCACUUGUAA